AUGAGAUUAAACAAUGCUGCUUCUUCCUUUCCACCUUCAUCCUGUAAAUUGCAAAAUAAAUUUAAUCUCAAUGGCAUACACAGGCCUGGGGAUGUAAUUCUGGGAGGGUUAUUUGAAGUCCAUUACAGUUCUGUAUUCCCUGAGCGGACGUUCACCUCAGAGCCAGAUCAGCCUAACUGCCGUGGAUUUGACACCCCUGGAUUCAGACAUGCCAUGACCAUGGCCUUUGCUAUUGAUGAGAUAAACAAGAAUUCGAAGAUACUUCCUAAUGUGACUCUGGGAUACAGCCUUUAUGACAAUUGUGCUACACUUGAGAUUGGGUUCAGUGCAGCAUUGUCAUUAGCCAGCGGUCAAGAGGAGCAAUUUUGGCUUCUGGAGAACUGUUCAGGGACCCCUUCAGUUGUGGGGAUUGUGGGUGAUCCUUUCUCCACAUUUUCUAUUGCUGCCUCAAGUGUUCUUGGUUUAUUCAAGCUUCCUAUUGUGAGUUAUUUUGCCACUUGCUCCUGUCUGAGUGAUCGACAGAGGUUUCCAUCCUUCUUUAGAACAAUCCCAAGUGAUGCUUUCCAGGUCCGUGCUAUGAUUCAGAUUCUAAAACACUUUGGCUGGACAUGGGUAGGUCUGCUAGUCAGUGAUGAUGAUUAUGGCCUCCAUGUUUCCAGAUCCUUCAAGUCUGACUUUCUUCAAUUAAGUGGAGGUUGUUUGGCCUACUCAGAGAUUUUACCUUGGGAAGAUCAUCCAAAUGAAUAUAAGAAAAUUGUGGAUCUGAUGGCCAGAUCCACAGCUCGUGUUGUCAUUGUGUUUGCACAUCAAAUACACCUGAUUCAUCUCAUGACAGAGGUGGUGAAACAAAAUGUGACAGGCUUGCAGUGGAUUGCCAGUGAAGCUUGGACAGUAGUUGGUGGACUCCAUACCCCUGAAUUUAUGCCAUUCCUUGGUGGAACACUAGGCAUUGCCAUCCGACGAGGAGAAAUACCAGGCUUUAGAGACUACUUGUUAAAAAUUAAUCCCGCAGAACAGAAUAGUGCAAGCAACAUGGUGAAGCAGUUUUGGGAAGAUACAUUUCACUGUAGAUUUUCAGCAGACUGGUUGGAAGAUGGUGGGACACUUUGCACUGGAGAAGAAGAGCUUAGGAAUGCUGAGACUGAACUUUUGGAUGUGACUGAACUCAGGCCUGAGUAUAAUAUUUAUAAAGCUGUGUAUGCUCUUGCACAUGCCCUUGAUGACAUGCUGCACUGUGUUCCAGGGAGAGGACCUUUUAUUGGGCACAGCUGUGCCACUUUGCAAAAAUUAGAGCCAUGGCAGCUGAUGUAUUACUUGGAAAAAGUCAAUUUCACAACUCCAUUUGGUGAUCAAGUAUUUUUUGACGAGAAUGGUGAUGCCUUACCUAUCUAUGAUAUCAUGAACUGGCUGUGGCUCCCUGAUGGAAGCACUAAAGUUCAGAAUGUGGGUGAGGUUAAGAUGUCAGCUUUCAAAGGUGAAGAAGUCACACUUGAUGAAAACAAAAUCUUCUGGAACUUUAAAUCAAAAGAGCCAACUACAUCAGUUUGCAGUAAUAACUGCCCUCCAGGAACACAUAUAGCAAGGAAGCGGGGAAAGCCUGUGUGUUGCUAUGACUGCAUCCCUUGCUCUGAGGGAAAGAUCAGCAAUAACACUGAUUCCUUAGAGUGCACCAGUUGUCCAGAGGACUUCUGGUCAAGCCCCCAGAGAGAUCACUGUGUUCUUAAGAGAACAGAGUUCCUCUCCUACCAUGAGCCCCUGGGAAUCUGCUUGACAACCACCUCACUGUUGGGCACAUUUAUCUGUACUGUUGUUCUAGGAAUUUUCACAUAUCAUCGCAGCACACCUAUGGUGCGUGCAAACAAUUCAGAAUUGAGCUUUCUGCUUUUAGUGUCACUUAAGCUGUGUUUCCUUUGUUCACUGUUAUUCAUCGGAAGACCCAGACUUUGGACAUGCCAACUGAGACAUGCAGCAUUUGGGAUCAGCUUUGUGCUUUGUGUCUCAUGUAUCCUGGUGAAAACUAUGGUUGUUUUGGCUGUGUUCAAAGCCUCCAAGCCAGGAGGGGGAACCAAUCUUAAGUGGUUUGGUGCUAUGCAGCAGAGAGGGACAGUUCUGGUUCUUACUUCCAUUCAAGCUGCAAUCUGCACUGCCUGGCUUGUCUCUUCCUCUCCAACUCCACAUAAAAACACCCAAUACUACAAUGACAAAGUGGUGUAUGAGUGUGCUGUUGGGUCUACAAUUGGCUUUGGAGUGUUACUGGGUUACAUUGGUGUGCUGGCUUUCCUUAGCUUUCUGCUAGCAUUUCUAGCCAGGAAUCUUCCAGAUAAUUUCAAUGAGGCCAAAUUCAUCACAUUCAGCAUGCUGAUCUUCUGUGCCGUGUGGGCGGCCUUUGUCCCUGCUUAUGUAAAUUCUCCUGGAAAAUAUGCAGAUGCAGUAGAAGUAUUUGCCAUCUUGGCCUCAAGUUUCGGGCUAUUGGUGGCACUGUUUGGACCCAAAUGUUACAUAAUUCUGCUGAAACCAGAGCGAAACACAAAGAAGGCAAUCAUGGGUCGAGAGACCACCAAGCCAUAA